AUGCAGCACCCCAAACCCUUCUAUGCACCUGCAGCUCCCCAAGAAGGCUUCAGCCCCCAAGGCCUGGAGGGUGCCGGCGGCCCUGGCAACCAGCCUGCGCCCCCCUGCGCUGAGCCUCUCCCCACUGUGGGCUCCUCAAACCUCUAUCACCCCCCAAACCUGGAGAAAGAGGUGUUUCCGACCCCUCCAGCAGGUUUCCAGAUGGCCCCCUGCGGGUGCUUCUUCGACCCCCGUAUCUACCGAAUCGAGUGGGUCACCACCGACUUUGGCCAGUCAUCCCUGUACAAGCUGGUGGCAGCAGGCAGUGGAGGACCGGCAGGAGCGCCGGCGGGGGGCCCUGGCUCACCAGGCAGCUACCUCCCGGAGCCCCAGCACUACCUCACGGCCCCAGCGGCACCCCUGCCAUCGCCGGUGUAUCCCCACUACCAGCCGGUGCCGGGGGGACCCCAGUACCUCGUGCCCUACUUCCCGCUUGAGGGGUCUGCGCCCGAGGCCCUGGGCUUUGUGGGGGAUGGGGGGACCCCCGCAUUCAUGGAGCUGCCCCCGCCCCUGCUCAAGGAGGGCCUGGCCCCCCCACCGCCACCCCCCCCCAAGGAGAACAAGCUGCUCCCGCUUCUCAUCACGCUGCCUGCCGAGCCUGCACUGCCCACUGGUACCUACGGCCACCUCAAAGGCCACCUCAGCCAGUUCCCUGGGUCCGAGGUGGCUGCGAGGCCCAUCGAACCCCCGGCCUUCCCCACCAAGGAGCUACAGGGCGGCAUGGCUGGGCCUGGCUCGCUGUACCCACUGGGCCCCGGCGAGGCUAAGGUGGCCGAGGCCGAGGAGGUGGCCCCUCCAGGGGCAGGUGAAGCCAAGGCCCCCGAGGUGGCUAGAGCCUUCGUGCUGCCAGACAAGGUGCUGCUGGAGGACGCUAUGAAGCUGUUCGAUUGCCUGCUGGGUAGCGCCGAACCUGAGGAGUCCCCGCUAAAGGCCCCUGGGUCAGUCCUGCCCAACGGUGGUGGUGGCGGCAGUAGCAACGACUCGACCAGCGACAUCCGCUUGCUGCACCUGCCCGACGAGCUGCUGUCCUUCGACUACAAUGUGCCCGAGAUCCUGGAGACCGUGUCCAACAUGGACUACUUUUUCAACUUCAAGGCCCUGGAUGAGGAGCCGCCACCCCACCUGGGGCCCCCUGUCGUGGACACCGUGGUCCCCGUCCUGCGCUCUGACCCACCCUGCAGGAAAAAGGCUGGUGCCUCGUCCUCCAAGAAGGGGAAGGCGGGAGGCAAGGGCAAGCAGGCCACAGGCCUGGCCAGCAAUGUCGCCUUGCGGUCGAGGCAGGACCCGGGAGCUGCUCCCCAUUAA